AUGCGUGCAGGAACAGUGCAGGAGCUGGACGGCGCCAACAUGGGUAGAUGGGAAGAAGAGUCAAAGUCAAAUGCGACUGUGGACAUAUGUGACGAGCCGACCCCAACAGCAGACCCCGAUUUCGCACAACAUGCAGGCAAACAAACAUUCAUACGUGCAGACGUGCAUACACAAGGAACACCCAUCCCCUCUCGACUGGCGAAUGCUAGAGGUCCGUGGCUCUGUUGA